AUGGAUGGAAGCGCUUCCUUGCUAUUCUUAAAUGGCGGGAAGUGCUCCCUUGCUAAUUUGAAAGAGUUCCUUAAAGAUUACCAAACGACCUCAGGUCAGGCCAUCAACCUUCAUAAAAGCUCAUUCUUCACUUCCUCAAAACUCCCGGUUUCUAGAGUUAGGGCGAUUGAGCAAUACUUGGGCAUAUCUAAGGCCACUUCCCACCUGCUAUAUCUAGGCGUUCCAAUGGUGGUAGGUAGAAAUAAAACCAGCUAUUUCCAACUGCUUCUUGACAAGAUAGAAAGUGGUAUUAGUGGGUGGCGGGCUCGAGUGCUUUCGCAGGCAGACUUUUUAUGGGGUUGGGCAGAUGGAAAAAAGAGAUUGCAUUGGCGGAAUUGGAAACUUGUGGCUUCUACUAAGCAAGAAGGCCGACUUGGGGUUCGCAAGUUGUCGGAAUCAAUGGAGGCUUUUUGUAUAAAGAUGGCAUGGUCCAUUCGGUUUAAUGAUAGGCAUAACCUAUGGGAUGUUUUCAUGGCUUCAAAAUAUAGGCAGGACUUGGCGGUUACUCCAUCACCAUGGCUUUCUCCUGCUCCAUCCCCGAUGUGGAAGAAAAUUUGUCAGGACUUCCUGGGUGCAUUAGGCCCCCUUGUUCCCUCUGCAGUUCUUCUACUACUGCCACAGGAUGUCAUUAAUCAUAUUUUCCACCAAGGCUUUUGCAUUGCUGAGGGGCCAGAGAUUCCUGUCUGGCCUUUUACCCCGUCAGGGAACUUCAUGGUAUCCUUGGCAUGGACUGCUAGCAGAAUUUCUAGGGAGAGAAAAGGCUGGACGAACUGGGUGUGGCACACUAAGAUGCCCCCGAGGAUAUCAAUUUUCCUUUGGAAGGUUCUCAAUGGAGCUAUCCCGGUGGAUGCGGCUGUCCAGAAUAGGGGCGUCCAUCUCAUGUCCAGAUGUGAAUGCUGCAGUUCUGACUCCUCUAGUGGUUCAGCAAUUGAGACCAUACAUCGCCUGUUUCUCAAAGGGUGCCUUCUGUGGGAACUUUGGAAAGCCAAGAACGCGGCUCGUUUCGAAGGAAAGUCCACCUCCUUGAAGGCGCUGAUGGGUCGCAUAGGCUGGAGGGAGUCCAAUCUCUGUGAAGUUAUGGACGAUGGCCAGAGGACUGCUCAGUGGGCUAUAGGCACGCGUCAUCUGCGGUGCACCCCUGCUCAGCCCUCGGCCCUUUUCUUGCUAGGUGCGAGUUGGACGAAAAAAUCCAGGAACAACCUAGGUGCGGCUGGAGGAGGCGGCGUUUACAGAGGAGACAAGGGCCAUUUCUUAUUCACCUUCUCAGUGGGCUAUGAUUUAGGAUCCAGUUCCUAUGCGGAGCUUCGUGCGGUGUAUGAGGGCUUAUCCAUGUGCUUCUCUAUGGGCUUCAAGCAAGUUAUUAUAGAAUCGGACUCCUUGCAAGUCGUGAAAGCCCUUAAUGGGCUAAGUCAUCCAGGUUGGAGAUGGAGUUAUUGGCUUCAAUGGAUUUUUUACUUGAAGGAUAGAGGGCGAAUCGAGUUCACUCACAUCUGCAGGGAAGGAAAUGCCCCUGCCGACGUUUUGGCCCGUCAUGGGAGCGAAACUCAGCUUUCUACUUUUUUUGUCUCGCUUGCUGACUUCCCUCCCCAAAUCCGAGGUCUUCUUUUUCUUGAUAAAUUGGGGCUGGGGGCGAUUAGAGAGGUUAAAUAG